AUGACCAGCUUAGAAGAAUUUAGUAUCCGUUCAAACCAGAUUCAAAAUGAAGUACCCCAGAGUUUUGGCCUUCUAAAAAAACUUCGAUACAUCGAUCUAAGCUUAAAUAAGCUAGGAGGGAGACUUCCACAUUCUCUGUUCCACAAUUGUACUUCAUUGGAAUAUAUAGACCUUUCUGAGAAUAAAUUCCUUGGUUAUAUCCCUUCAAAUGUAGGAAACCAUCUGAAAUAUCUCGAGACACUGUUUCUUUAUCUCAACCAACUGAUUGGGAUUAUUCCAACUUCUUUGUCCAAUUCGUCUCACUUGAAGGAACUCGAUUUAGGAUCCAAUUUUCUUACUGGUGCUUUGCCGUCAAAGAUUGUACAGCAAACGCCUUUGUUGGAGAUAUUAAAUCUUUCAGGUCACAGUCUCGAGAGUAACGAUGGCAACAUAAAUCUCACUCCUUUCCUCACUACCAUUGCAAAUCUUACUCAUUUGAGAGAGCUUCAACUAGCUGAGAACAUGCUCAGAGGUGAAUUUCCUUCGCGAAUCAGCCAGUUCAAUAACAAUCUUUCGCUAAUUCAUCUUGAAGAGAACUUUUUACAUGGUUCAAUUCCGUCAUAUAUAGCUAAUUUCUCUAGUCUCUCGCUAUUGAAUUUGUCUAGCAACCUCUUACAUGGAAGAAUUCCUUCAGAAAUAAGUCAUCUUGCAAAGCUAGAAAGGCUGUUUUUGUCAAAUAACUCAUUACAGGGUGAUAUUCCAUUUGUACUUGGUGACCUGCGUCAUUUGGGAUUGUUAGAUCUCUCGAGAAACAAACUCUCUGGUCCAAUUCCAUCAUCUCUGGCAAAUCUAACACUGCUGAGAGAACUCUACCUCCACCAUAAUUCCCUCUCGGACACUAUACCCUCAACCUUAGGAGGAUGCAUAAGUUUAGAUAUUCUUGACUUCUCUUAUAACAAGCUAAAUGGAAAAAUACCAGCAGAAGUUGCAGGGUUGAGAGAUAUUGGAAUUUACUUCAAUCUUUCAAACAAUUUACUAAGUGGCGAAUUGCCAACGGCGUUGAGCAAAAUGGAAAUGAUUAAUGCCAUAGAUCUUUCUUCCAACAAUUUCAAAGGUGAGAUUCCACCAAAUUUGCUCAACUGCGAAGCGGCCGAGUUGAUAAAUCUUUCUCACAAUGCUCUCCAAGGCUCCAUUCCUGCUUCAUUGGGAAAUCUGUUGAACCUUAAAAUCUUGGAUCUCUCACAUAAUUCUCUUUCAGGCGAAAUUCCAGAGUCAUUCAGUGAAUCCACGAGUUUAGUGCACAUAAAUCUUUCGUUUAAUAACUUAAGUGGAUUACUGCCACGAGGUCGUCUCUUUAAUUCCUUGAGAUUUGAAUCAUUUCAGGGCAACAAACAUCUCUGUCUCCGGUUAACUGACUUCCAGAGUUGCAUCCAAAAUAGAAAAUCCAAAACUACAUUCUCUCAAAUUCUUGAUCUUGGUUGUCACUGUUGGGUAUAUUACUAA